GGAAAGAAAAAACAAAACAAUCUCUCUAUUCUGAUUCUGAAUCGAUUUUCAUUCAUUCAGCGUUGAAUCACAAAACCUCCAAAAUUCUCAGUUUCUCACAUUCUCGAAAGUGUUCUUCAACUUUCGAGCUGAGCAAAUCUCUCACUUUGGCAGAUCCCUCUCUCCAUUCCAAUGGCGGCACAAAUCCCUCCUCAAACGGCACCGUCUAGCUCUCAACCUCCUCACAAUUCUCCCCCAGAUCCAUCCCAGGUUCCGGGUUUUUACAAUUCACCCCAAAUUCCUGGUGGGUAUUAUCAGAUGUUUCCUGCUGGAAUAUAUCCUGCGCUAGUUCCAGGGUUAGCCCCGCCGCAAAUUGAUGAACAUGUGAACCGUGGAGCUGGGAUUUAUGCUGUUCCUGUUAAUCCAUAUGAUAGGAAUGUUACUGGAUUUCCUUACAACACUCUCAUUCCGCUGACUUACCGGACACCCACUAGGCGGAGUUCUGAAGCUGCUGCAGCAAGUGAAAAUCAGGGACAAGCAGGACAGCAACAGCAUCCUCAACAGCAGCAGCCUGCACCUCAGAGACAAGUUGUUGUUAGGAGAUUUCAGAUUGCAUUUCAAAUUGAUUUGCUGCUUAUGUUGAAGCUGGCAGCUGUAAUCUUUUUGUUCAACCAAGAUGGGUCAAGGCAGCGGCUUGUUGUGCUUGUGUUAUUUGCUGCUCUUGUAUAUUUAUACCAAACUGGAGCCUUGACACCAAUUAUAAGAUGGCUUUCGCAAGGUAUGCAGAGAGCAGCAGCACCCCCUCAUCCACCAAGACCUGCACCCAGGGCUGAAAAUGUUCCUGCUGCCAGGCAGGAGGGUGACAACGCUGCUCCAGCAGAGGCUCAACCUGCAGCCGAGAAUGGGAACCAGCCACCUAAUGACGCAGACCAGGCAAUUGGGAAUGAAAAUGUGGGAGAACCCGGUAGAGGCAAUGGUGGAAACCAGUGGUGGGGAAUUGUGAAGGAGAUCCAGAUGAUUGUCUUUGGAUUUAUCACUUCCCUUCUCCCUGGGUUCCACAACCAUAUGGAUUGACAUAUGGGAGCAUGUCAGAGAAUGGAACAGUUUCCUGAAAUAAAAUGUAUAGCAACAGAAGUUUCAAGUGUCAUAACUAAUCAUACAUAGUUAGAGGCAACUGUAAUCCAGCGAAAAACUAGUAUGGUGCAACUAUAGGGUGCCAUUUUUGUAUCUUUACUUGGAUUGUGGAUACAACAGUUUUUGUGGCUUCCAGGGCACAGGGUAAUAUUUUCUACAACAUAGGGGUUUUAGUUUUUUCUUCUUUUCUGGUAUCUGUGUAUGAUUGCAAUAUUUGAUGACUUGUUUCUUUUCAAACUCCGUAUGAUCUUUCAAAA